AUGAAGAAAAUGUUAGUAAGAGAUUUUAUUUAUGAUCGUCUUUAUCAUCCAGUUGAGGGAUAUUUUGUAAAGAAUAUUCAACUUGGAGCACUUAAAAAACCUAUCGAAUUUAAAUAGUUAUUGGGUUAUGAGGAUUAUACAAAGAAAUUAAUAGAAAAUUAUCCAGAAAAUUAAUGGUUAACUCCUUCUGAAGUAUUUAGACCAUAUUAUGGAAUAACAUUGGGAAAUUACAUAAAUUAAUAAUUUAGGUUCACUCGUAAAGAAAAACUUAGAAUAGUUGAAAUUGGUGCUGGAUAUGGUGCUGCUUGUGAAGGAGUCUUAUAUUAUUUGAGAAAUCACUAACCUCAGACAUUUUCAAAUAUGGAAUAUCAUUUAGUUGAUAUCUCUCCAGAGGCUUGUUAAUAAGCAGAAUAAAGAUUGUCAUAAGAUUUCAAAUAAUAAAUCAAAAAAGGAAAUUUAAGAAUUUUCAAUCAAGAUUUUUUGAAUUACAAAUAGGUAUCUUAAAAUAAUGAAAUGUGGUUUUUUGUAUUUCUUGAGGUCUUUGAUAAUCUUGCUCAUGAUAAAGUAAUAGAUGGGAAAUAAGUUUAUGUUGAGAAUAUGAAAGAAUAUACAGAAACAAUAAGUGAUCCAUUCAUUUUGGAAACUUAUGCUAUGUAUUAGAAAUUUAAAGAGGAAAACAAAAAUUAGGAUGGAGAGAUUGAAGAUAGAUUUCUUUUUAAUACAUUAAGAAAUUUGAUUAGUAAAUAUUAUGGAAAAUAAAAAGUAAUAUAAAAAAUAAUUAAGAGUCUAAUAGCAUAUUUUUACCAACAGGAGCAUUAUAAGUUUUGAAACACAUAAAAUAAAAUUUCCAAAAUCCAUCAUUAGUAAUAGCUGAUUUUGAUCUUUUGAAAAAUAAUUUUACUUAAGAUUCUAUUAAUGCACCAAUAGUAUCUAAGAAAUUGGCAAAACCACAUGAGAGAUUAGAUUAUGAAUCAUAUUUAGUAGAAAGAGGAGCUGCUGAUAUAUUCUUUCCAACAGAUUUCAAUUUUGUUUAAUAUAUGGUUAAACAAAUUAUAGGAUUAGAUUCUUAAAUAUAUAAGGCAUAUAAAUUUGCCGAUUAAUUUUCUUAGAGUUCUUGGACAACAACUAAAUCUGGUUAUAAUCCAUUGAAAGAGGAUUUUGGUAAUACAAGUUUUUUAGUCACUGAUCAUAGUUGA